CAUAUAUUCAUGAGAGUGACAAGGAAGGAAAUAGGGUACGAAAAUUUUUCGGUUCGAACGUGCUACGUAGCGAAAGAAGACCAAUAGAGAAUAGAAUAGACGCCAUAGCCGUCUAUGCCUGCUUUAUUUUUUGAGUUUUAGUGUUAAAAUGUGCUCAAAUCUCGUCUGCUGAAGUACUCAAACUAUGAGUUCAGUCUUGAAGCCAGCAUCGGUAGCACAGAAUUCACCAGUACCCCCUCAGUUGAACAAGCCAAUGCAUCCCCAACAAGGGCCCCCUCAAUCCUACGGUCAGCCGCCUAACCACCACCCGAUGGUGUCCCAUGGUAACCCUACAGCAGCACACAACCAUCCAGCUACCCAUCAGCAAAAUCAUUAUUCUUUAAACGUGCCCAACUCCUUUAUGGGAGGCAACCAGCCGAUACCUGCUAGUAAUCAUCCAAUACCUAACAAUCCUUCUCAGCCUUCUGGUCAGCAGAUGUACAGCGGCGCCAAGAAUAUGUCCUAUCAGGGAGGCUACCAAACCAGCCUGGGCCACACCCAAAAUUCAUCCAAUCAGUUGCCACCAGUAUCUCAAUCACUCCCCGCAACAAACUCUCAAUCUGCACCCCACGCAGCCGAAGAUAACAUGGACAAGUCUCAGUCCAAUGGAACAACCGAAGAGAAAUCCAAUCACGCCCAAGAAAAUCACGUGACCACACCUAAAGAAAUUUCGGCCACGCCCGCUCUACCCACACAGUCUCCUUUACACUCAAAACAGGUGGCGGAGCCCCAAAAACCCAACGAGCCAGAGACGGUGGACACCUCGACAGAAAGCGCUGGACAGAGCGGACAGAAAACGUCGGCAUCUGCCCAGAGCACUGCAAGCCCUGCAGAUCAGCAACAGAACAGCGAGACGGCUGAGAAUUCGUCUAACGUUCCCCUCAAAGAAACCGCACAAAACGAAAGUGAUGCUUCUGUACAAAGUGAGAAAAAGACUGAAGACGGCAAGGACGACGAAGUGAAGGAAGAUGGUAAAGUUUCUGACAAUGAAGGAAAAACUAGUGAUAAUAAAAAAGAACCAUCAGUUGCAGAGCUGGAGAGUGCAAACACGCCCAACGAUAGUGAGAAAGCUGUUUUGGAGAGUGUGGAAGCAGAGGCUAAAGAGAAAACAACACCCAAACGUUCAAAUCCACGAAAAGCAUCCAGGGGGACAAAGAACGAGGAAGACUCCAAACCUGCGAAGAGCGAUCCGAAACCAAGUCAAUCUCAAAAAUCACCUUCAACAAGUAAAAGUAAGAGGGCCCGGAUAAGGACACAACCUUACCAGAGUCCGUUACCGGAAUUGGAAAUUAUAACUAAAAUAACGGCAUCUCAAAGGAACAAGACAAAUGAUGAAAAAUUGAUAGUAUUUUUUAAGAACGAAUUUUUGGCAGUUAGGAAUCCAGAAGGCAGUUUUUAUGUAUGUCAAGCUGUUCAGAAUAUCUACAAAUCUUCAGCGAAAAUAAGAAUAAGAUGGUUAUCGCUCGACAAAAACGAUAAAACCAAUCAAAUAUACAUACCUGACUUUUACGAUCAUACAGACUUCGACUGUAUAUUGACAAAUCUAAAUUUAGGAAGGAUAGAGAAGGGCAAAUUCAGACUACCUCCCGCAGAGAAAGAGAGGACGGACAGUAUUCUGAAGCGAUCUUUAGCUGCAGAGAAGGGAGAAGAGAUCCCUUCACCAACGGUGAAUGAGGAGCAUCCUGAUGGAUUGGAUUUAUCUCUGUACAAAGAUGAAAACCAGCUGAACAAAAGGACAAAAAAGAGGAAGGCCACAUCUCCAUUGAAAUCAACCAGGACCAGUAGUAGAAGUCCAAGUAAGCCUUCGGCAGACACACCCAAAGUGGCUAAAACUACCCCCAAACCAACCAGAAAAGCAGCUCCCAAGAAAGAGACUCCAGCUACUGGCAAGAAGGCUGCGUCUUCUCCUGCACUGGCCUCCAAGACACCCAGUGGCAGUAGGACAGACAGGGCCAAGAGGAGAAGCGACACGAUAAACAGUACCAAAGUGACUCCGGUUAGUCCGAAAGUGGAUCAGAAAAAGGCUAGGGCAUUGGCGAAAGUUGCUAGGAAAAGUGUAGUACAAACUUCCAAAGUACAAACACCUGUUAAAAGUUCUUAGGUGAGGUUUGCAAGUACUAUUUUCUGUUACAGAAGAAACAAAAGAAACGAAACCUACCCCAUCGAAGACAGCAAAAACAACAGGAAAAGUAUCAACAUCUGCAAAAAAGAAAACGCCUAAGAGGUCUUCGGCAAAGAAAUAGUGCAGUAUAGAGUAAGAUUUAAAUAGAAUAUGAAGAUUAUUUUAUUAUCACCUUACAUGAUAAGUCCAAUAAUAAAUUGUAUAGAAUAUUAUUUUCACUUUUUCAUAUUGUUCACUGUACCUAGAAAUCUGACAUUAUUUAUUAGCAUAUGCAAUGAUAUUAAAAUUUUUCAUUUAGAUAUUUUUGUUAGGUGGAAUAUUGCAAAGAUAAUAUUUAUAAGUAUACUAAGUAAUUCACUAUUCAUAUCAAACUGUUUGUGACAUCGAAUUGAGACGUUCAGAUUUUUUUAAAUUUUAUUUAUGAUAAAUAGGAAUACAUACAGGAUAAUUCCAGAAACAGUAAUUACUCAAAUAGUAUGCCAUAUCAUGCAAAAAAACAACUUCAAAUUACAUGUGAUAAAAAAAAAAUACAAUAUAGGUAAUCAAAUUAAAUAUCAAUUAUUCGAAAGUCAACAACAAGAACUCGAGAAAAUCAAUUCACAAUUCAUUGAGUAAUUCAUUAGAGAUUCUUCUUUAGCACUCUUUUGAACGUGGAUAAUUAACUUUGAAAAAGAUCCAAAAAUAUAAGAAAGAAAGCAAAAAUAUAAUCUCCACCAGGGGGAAGAUACAACAAAGAUAAAUAUUUACAUGAAAUCAAGCAACUUUAUUCUCAGUCCUUUUAGGUUUUGAUAGGCAAUGUGAAGAUGAGAAGAGAUGUAAAUCCAUAAAUAAAAAGAAGAUAUUUCGGAUAUGACAUAAUAUAAUAAUAUGUGAAAUAUUUAAUUGUUUCCUUAAAUGGAUUUGAGAGAAUUGGUUAUGAUCUGAAGCACAAAUUUGUUUUCUACCGAUCAUGUGUGAUAAAAAAUAUUUUUUUAAUAUUUAUUUACUAAAAGCGUAAUUUAUUUAGGGAGAUUUGCAAAAGUCAUUGAAUUUAUACAAAUUUGUCCUUAUCGCAGAAAUAGUAAAUGAACUUUAUGUUUUUGUUGUUAUACAUUUGUAUAACAAUAAUGAUGUCGAUCAAUGUCACAAAUAAGUUUCUUUAUCUCUUCUUCCCAAAAUUUUGACACACCGUGCAACAUUAACUCUUACAAUGUCUCUUUUUGAGGUGAAUUUUCACCCCUUUGAGUUUAUACUGAAUAAAAAUAUUUUGGUUUGAAAAUUUGCGAGUACUAAAUCAAUAAUGAUAUUAUUCAGAAAAAACUUGAAAUUGAAUUUUUGUAGGACUUGUCUAGAAAAUUUUCCAAGGUCAAUUUCUGACAUGUUUGUUGCCUUUUUUACAUAACCUUGUUUCAGUAUGUGACAGCCGAAGUUACCACACUCUUGUCCCCUAGAUUUUUUAGUCAGCCUUUGACACAAGUUUUGACAACAAAGUUGUCAUCAUCAGAAAUCACAGGUUACUAAUUAAUGCAAAAUGAUUACUUUUUUUUUACUUGUAGUUAGUAACCUGUACAUUCUGACUACAACUUUGUUGUCAAAACAAAAGCCAAUUGAAAAAAAUCCAUGAACAAGAGUGUGAUUACUCUAGUCCUCAGUUAAUUUGAAUUGGUUUCUAUUUAAAAAUGAAAUUUCAACACUUCAAAAAAAAAAUUUCCUUUUUUAUUGUAACUUCUUUUCGUGGUAUUUCCAGAAGUUAUAAUAAAUUUUGUUUUAUUCUAUACUUAUGAAUAGAUCAGAAUGCCGUGAAUUGAUCUUGAUGAUAUGGGUUUUGUUAAUAAAAUGUUAUUUUGACUAAAUGUAGUUAUUGAAGAUAUGUGAACUGUGUAGAUGCAAAAGUAUGAACUUCAUUGAACUCUGAAAGGUGUGAGGAGUGAGGUUGUACACUAAACUUGUAUAUUUGAUUAAAACGUGCCAGGUAAGACUAUCUUUGACGAUUCUCAACAUUUUGUUCAGGGAAAAUAUUACUUUUUAUUUUCUUCUGUUGAGAAUCGUCCUGUAUAUUAGUAUAUUCAAGAAAUACAGAUGAAAUUUAGAAUAUAGUCCAGUCAAUAAGAUGUACAAAACUUUUCCGAUUAUUCUAUUUGUUGAAUACACUUCAGGAAUAGAAUUUUUCCUUGAAUUUUGACAAAUACACUUGUCUACGGCUUUUUCAAAAUGUGUAAACGACAGAUUCAAGUCCCUCUGUUUGUUGGGUAUCUUGAAACCUUGUAUAGGAAGAUUAAUCACACGAAUUUGUUGGUAGUUUCAAUGCACUGAUAUGGCAAUUUGUAAAUUAUUGGUUAAAUUACUAGUGUGUUAACGCAUUUUGAAAUAGCUGCUACAUUUCGACCAAAAUCAUUUGAAAAAUUCGUAAGAGAGAUUAUAAAUCUUAAAUUUCUGUUGAUUUAGGAAUAGAGUGUUAUAACGUAUGUGUUGUGCUUAACAAUUUAGAAUUUAAGGAAAAUGUGGAAUGAAUGUUGCUGUAGUCUUGUGAAAGUUGUCGAAAUUCAAAAUGAUCAGUUAGAUUUCCCAUUUAUUGUAUGAUUUACAAUAGUAUGAAUGGAUUUUCAAUAAAAUGCAAAAUUCGA